CAACUUAGAAGCAUUCUUUUGUGGUGGAUUUUUAAAUAAAGGGUUGCAACCUUGUAUAAACUUUUUCCCACCAAAAAGAUGGCGGCGAUAUUAUUUUUUACCACCAUUUAUUUUUACGGCGGCGCGCACUUGUGCGGAAACGCUAAUCGGAAAGCUUUUACAUUUGCCGCUUAUUUGAAAGACCGCGCACCAGACGAUAGCAAGUUUCACUUUGAUCUUCGAUUUCAGUGUUUUUCUUGUUCCUUGACUUUUCCAUAACCUAAUUAAUCACGAUAUUUUUCAUUCCAUUAAAGCUUCAUAAUCAGUUCAAAGCGCCUGCGAGUUUUGCGUGUUUUCUCAGUUGAGUUGGAUCAUGUAUCUUUUCUUUCUUUAGUACAAUUUUCUGCUACUUCAAUGUGUUCCCAAUGUUGCAAUAGAACAAGAGGAAACCCUAUUUGAUGGCUAUGCCUAAAAUUUUAUCGCGAACCUAGGGUUUGUAACUUUUAAGGAACAUGCAGUUGUCUCCAUAAACGUGAAUGGCCAAAUCACGUAAAUGGCUGUAAAACCCUAAUUCUUAUGUAACAUCUCUCAUUGAGCUAAUAUAUUUGAUGCUUGUCAAAGUAGGAUUAGAAAUUGCGCGGUUUUAUGAAUACUUGUAGACAUUCUCCAUUUAUUUCAGGUUUAGUACAGAGUUAGAUGCCAUGGAGAAGUCCUCUUUAUUUGCAGGUUGCCAUUUUGAUAGGAAGAGAUUUGCAAAAGACUUUGCCAAAUUCGAGUUACUGAAGAAAGCUAAGAAUCCACCUGAUAUGGUAGUGGAAGCAUCAGAAUCUGUGGAUGGAUGCACAGUGGGAAAGAAGAGAAAGAGGAAAUCUGCAAGCAGCGAGGGAUUCAGGGUUUUCAAGAAACCAGAAUUGGAGGAAAUCAGCAAAAGCAAUGACAAAAAGUCUAGCGCUUCUGAAGCUGAAGAAAAAAAAGAGCGUAACAGACAGAUCGAGCAAGCUGCCCUGCUACGCAAGAAGUAUGGAAUUCAUAUUGCUGGGCAGACGGUUCCCUCUCCACUUCAAAAUUUUGAGGAGUUGAGGUUAAGGUAUCGCUGCAGAUUAUAUCUAAUGCGCAAUUUAGAGAAGCUUGGAUUUAGCGAACCAACGCCUAUCCAAAGACAGGCGAUCCCAGUCCUCCUCUCUGGACGUGAAUGUUUCGCUUGUGCACCAACUGGUUCAGGAAAGACUUUGGCUUUUGUACUUCCAAUUCUCAUGAAAUUAAAGCGUGCAUCAAGGGAUGGGACUCGAGCUAUAAUAAUUUGCCCUACAAAGGAGUUAGCAGUUCAGACAACAAGAGAAUGCAAGAAGUUGGCUAAAGGAAGAAAGUUUUUCAUCAGAUUAAUGACUAGAGCUCUAUCGAGAUGUGCAGAUUUUGAGAAAAUGCCUUGUGAUAUCCUUGUCUCCACCCCACUCCGCUUACAAAAAUCCCUUGUGAAGAGGAAGCUCGAUCUAAGCAGGGUGGAGUACCUUGUGUUGGAUGAAUCAGAUAAGCUAUUUGAGCUUGGUUUCAUGGAACAAAUCGAUUCAGUGGUUAAAGCAUGUUCAAAUCCUAGGAUUGUUCGUUGUUUAUUCAGUGCUACUUUACCGGAAUCUGUUGAAGAGCUUGCACGAACUAUAAUGCAUGAUGCAAUUCGAAUAAUUGUUGGUAGGAAGAAUUGUGCUUCAGACUUGAUAAAGCAGAGAUUGGUUUUUGCUGGGAGUGAAGAAGGAAAGCUACUUGCACUUCGCCAAACAUUUGCACAUAGUCUGAAUCCUCCGAUCCUUGUGUUCGUUCAAAGUAAGGAGCGUGCAAUUGAGCUCUACAAGGAACUUGAAAAUCUGAAUGUCAGAGCUGGUGUUAUCCAUGCCGAUCUCACUGAGACAGAGAGAGAAAAUGCUGUCAAUGGCUUUCGUGAGGGAAAGACUUGGGUCUUGAUUGCAACUGAUGUUAUUGCUCGAGGAAUGGAUUUCAAAGUUGUCAACUGUGUGAUCAACUAUGACUUUCCCGAGUCUGCCACAACUUACAUACAUCGAAUUGGUCGAACUGGAAGAGCUGCUAGGAAGGGGGAAGCAGUGACAUUAUACACUGAAGCUGAUGUCCCUCUUUUGCGCAACAUAGCAAACCUGAUGGUGGCCUCUGGUUGUGAGGUCCCUUCAUGGAUCCUCGCAUUGCCCAAGCUGAGGGGGAAGAAGCACCGACCUCAACGUGAGCACAUAUCUACCUUGCCAGAGGAUCAAGCAAUUAUAAAAAGUGGCAAAAAAAGGGUGCCCAGGAAAUGAGUUAUGCAAAAAGAGGCAAAGAAAGUAGAGCCUAGCAGGUACUUACCCCAUGGCUAAUAAAGUGAGGCCCCAUGUCACGAUGGCGGAUGAUGAGGCCAAUGCCAGAUUGUUGAGAUCCCAUUCCUUCAUCAUGCUAAGCAUUCCACUGAUCAAGCUCCCAAUGCCUACCACUCCAGCUAUCAAAGCAAAGAGUACAAACAAUCCUGUUGCCUUGUUUCCCAUUGGAUAGUAGAUGGGAAAUAGGUGUGCCGGCAGAGGUUCGGCAGAUGCUGCAACAACAAGAUUGUCAUGAUGCUCAUUCCACCAUGGACACAGAUAAAAUAUCUAUGUAUGCAUAUGUAUCUGUUACCAUGAUUAUGCAUAAAAUGUAAAUGUAUGCUAUAUACAAAUAUACAUGCGCAACAUCUAUAUGCAUCCUUUCCACCACAAACACAUAUAUAAACAUAUGCACACAUACACAUGCAUGUGUCUGUUACCAUGGUCAUACAUAAAUGUAAAUAUAUGAAUCCAUAUGCAGAGAUAACUUGUAUAUGGACCCACAUGUGUGUAUCUUUGGGAAAAUAUAUGAUUUUACAUGUUUGUGCCUUA